AUGUCGAAUGGUAUAAUUGAAUCGGAGGUAAAAGAUAUUGAGUAUGUUGAUGAUUCAUCAAAAACAUCUCGGUUUCUAGAAAAUAAAGAUUGUAAUAAUGAUCUAUAUUCGCAUUCAACCCCCAAUGAUGUUGAUGAAUUGCUUACUUGCAUAAAGGCGUGGAAGAAGGGUUGCAUUGGAUCCGAUUCUGAGAAUUUGGAUAAACUAAUUCUAUCUGAAAAAUUACUUGAAAAUGACAGAAUACUUUCCUGUAAUAAGUCAGAUUCUACAACUGUGUCUGAUGGGUGCGAUGAGAUUAUUAAAUCUAAUUUUGAGGAAAUAACACCUGAUAGUAAAUCUGAUAACAUACUCAAAUCAUCUUUAGAAAAGAAAGCUUCUGAUGAUACCAAUACAUUAUUGACCGUUGAAGACAUUCUUUUCUCUUCCAUGAAUGACCCUUAUGAAAUCGAACUGUAUAAUAAAAAAUCAGAAAUACUGCCAAAAUCACCACCCCUGUAUAAAUAUGGCCCAGUUGCUAAAACAGCCCCGCAAAUUGUGACAAAUGUAUCUAAUGCUUCGACGAUCAAUCAAAAUUUUGAUAUGAAAAUGAUUGAAGAGGCUGCUGCAUCUAGUGAAAAGGUUAGGGGGGUUUGUUUUUGCAAGAGUGAUAAAAGUUGGACGGCAUGGUGGACAGAAAAGGGUAGGAAUAGGAAAAAGGCAUUUAAAUUAAGUAUUUAUGGAUUUGAAGAGGCUAGAAGGUUGGCCAUCGCGCAUAGAAAAGCAGUUGAAAAUAAGAUUCCAGAGCUAAAAUGUAAAAGUAGUGCUAAAAUUAAGGCCGGUAAACGUCAGGUUAAUAGAUGUUCGAGAGUUACUGACAGACAAAUUCACAAUAUUAAUGAUGAAAUUGUUGGAAAAAGGUCUUAUAAUGAUGUGUCACGUAGAGUUAUACUUAACGAUAAGAAGAGAACGAAAUUUUGCCAUUAUUAUAAAUCACCAUAUCAAGUAGUAGAGAGCAUUAGAGAAUGUUCAACUGCUGAAGACUCGCAAAUACUUUCGCCAUUGACAUCAAAAACGAGUAUAGAAACUUUAGAGAAUGAAAUAAUACAUAAUAGCGAUGGUAUGGAUGCUAGAAUUAAUGGAUAUGUUGAACCGGGCAAACAAGAUAAUCUUGAUAACAUAUUUACAGAUACACCAAGGGGGGUUAGUUAUAGUAUUGUAAACCAAGCAUGGUGCACACAGUGGUGUAAUAAUAAUGGAGCACCAUGCAUCAAAAGUUUUAGUGUCUCAAAGUAUGGAUUUGAGAGAUCACGCGCAAUGGCCAUUGAGCAUAGGCGUAUGUUGGAAUCUACGGAUCAAAUUGGAAGUAGAAUUCCAGGCGUUUUCUUCAAAGAUAAUGCUUGGUGUGCCACUUGGACCGAUUUGAAUGGCAAAAGGAAUUUCAGAUCAUUUCCUGUUGGACCUAAUAUGACUUAUGAUAAUGCCAGAAGAAUUGCUAUAGCAUGCAAAAAAAAUGCAACCAAUGAUAGCGAUUUAGUUGAGUCCAGUGUUUAUAAGGUCAAUUUAGAACUACAAGAUCUAUACAAACUUGCAACUUGCACUUUAGAUAUAGACCUUGAUGAUAAUAUAAAUGUAGAGCAGUGUUUGCAAGAAAACUCGGUUAGCACACAUGCUAAUGAUGCUAUACAACCACAUGUAAAUUGUAUUAAUAAGGCUUUAAAUAAUGAUGUCGUUUUGACGAAAAUGCAGACGAUGAUGUAUAAUACCGAAAAGGGCGUAGACUGCAUGUACAAUAAAUGGGAUAACCAACCAUCUGUUGUACAGUCUCAGUUGAUUAAAGAAGUCCCAUUGCAGCGACAAAUUGCUAACCAUUUAUCAAGAAUAUUGCUUUCCAACCAAAUUGAGCUUCAAAAUACUGUUAAUGUCAGAUUUUUGGUGGGUAAUGGCAGUGCCUUACAGCAGAUGCUUUCACACAAGCAAGCCAAGAAUAAACUUUUUGGUCUGGUCCUUACAACUAUAGAUAAUAAAAUGUAA